UCAGAAAGCAUUGUUGUAAUUUAUGUCCGCAGUGAGCCAGGCGAAGCAUCAGCAGAACUCAAGUGCCAAUAAUGCAAUCGCCCCAUUGAAUGUCCCGGAGGGUAAAAAUGAAGAUGUUCGUGAUGUUCUUGAAGGACCAAUUGGAGAGGUGCUUGCUCAAAGUGGUACCACGGCAGUUCUGCCGUGCAAAAUUCCCGAUCCUGGAGCUGGAACAAUCACGUGGGUGAGACGCAGGGAUAGACAGUUGUUAACAGUCGGUACCAGCACACACUCAAUUGACAAGAGAUUUGUCGUCAGGCAUUCAAGCACCGAUUGGCAACUCACAAUACGCACAGUAACUUUGGACGAUGCCGGAAUCUAUGAAUGUCAGGUAAUUUGGCAAAGCUUUUAUU